AUGUCGAUCUCUGGAACCAAGUCAAAAUUGCUGGUUCUUACAUCACCUGCAAAAUCACUCGAAAUACGAGAACGUAUAGUUCCACCUCCAUCUCCACUAUGUAUCAAUAUAGAAGUCCUGCGAGCCGGAGUAUGCGGUACGGAUGUGCAUCUAUGGAAAGGUGAUCAACCACUGCCUGGGUCAGUAGUACUCGGGCAUGAAGGCCUCGGUCGAGUGAUUGAACUAGGAGCUGGGGUGAAAACAGACCAUGCUAGCAAUCCAAUUGCAGUUGGUGAUGUGAUUUACUGGAAUCCCAUUCGACCGUGUAAUGCUUGCUAUCAUUGUACCAUUUCGCAGGACUUCACUGCGUGCGAGAACGGUACUUUUUGGUCCCUUGCAGAGAAUGCAACCGUAUGGGCAUCCUAUACGCAGGUAGCCACUCUCUUGCCGAACAAUUCUUUCUAUAAAGUGGACCCGAAUGUCCCUUUUGAUGCAUAUAUCGCUUUGGGGUGUGCUCUGCCGACCAUUCUCCAGGCUAUUGAUCAUCUUGGCCAGAUCCCAGGAGGGAGCAAUGUGGUCGUUCAAGGUGCAGGUCCCGUUGGGUUAGCAGCCAUAAUGAUGGCUAAAUUGGCAGGUGCUGCACACAUCAUCUGCAUCGAGGGUAAUCCAGUGCGCCUUGAACAGGCAAAAUCUUUCGGAGCAACUGCACUUGUCGACUUCCACCAGGAAGGACUUCAGACAGUCAACGCGCGGAAGAGUCAUAUCAAUGAUAUCGUUGGAAUCAGGGGUGUGAAUCUAGUGAUUGAAUGCAGCGGGAAUGCAGCCGCGUUUGAGGAGGGAAUUGAACUUCUGACUAGAAGUGGCACAUAUUUACUGGUGGGUACAUGGGCUGGUUCAUCCAAAGUACAGAUCUCUCCAUUCGACGUUGUCCAAAAGGCACUGAAGAUUAUCGGCUCGACAUACUGUUCGCCUUCGUGUUAUUAUCGUGCUGCCCACCUGGUGCAAGCAAACUAUCAGAAAUUCCCCUUGGCAUCAUGCGUCACUAAGACAUACUCAUUGGAGAGGGCCCAACAAGCACUGGAAGAUGUUGCAGCAGGGAAAGUCGUGAAAGCAGUAAUAGAUCCACAAGCAUAA